AGCUUUCCAGGUAGGGACGACCCCUCCCACGCAGCGCAGUUUGGGAGGGUGGGAAGGAGGGGCUGGGCUCCGAGCGCCCGCCCCUCCAUCUAUCACAUGGCCGGAGAGCCACAAAAACAACAGCUUUGGCCAAGACCGUGACUUCAGGAAGGGGAACGCAGUGUUCUAGCAGCGAGCCCCCACCCCAUGGAGGAGAGUUUUCUUGAAUCCUUUGGGAGGCUGAGCCUCCGGCAGCAGCAGCAGCCGCCUCGGCCACCCGCCCCGCAGCCCCCGCGUGGGACACCUCCGCGCCGCCACAGCUUUCGGAAACACCUCUACCUCCUGCGAGGCCUCCCGGGCUCGGGGAAAACUACGCUGGCCAGACAAUUGCAACACGACUUUCCCAGGGCCCUGAUUUUCAGCACGGAUGAUUUUUUCUUCAGGGAAGAUGGUGCCUAUGAGUUCAAUCCUGACUUCCUGGAGGAAGCUCAUGAAUGGAACCAGAAAAGAGCAAGAAAAGCAAUGAGGAAUGGCAUAUCCCCCAUUAUUAUUGAUAAUACCAACCUCCACGCCUGGGAAAUGAAGCCCUAUGCAGUCAUGGCACUUGAAAAUAACUAUGAAGUUAUAUUCCGAGAACCUGACACUCGCUGGAAAUUCAACGUUCAAGAGUUAGCAAGAAGAAACAUUCAUGGAGUCCCAAGAGAGAAAAUACACCGAAUGAAAGAACGGUAUGAACAUGAUGUUACCUUUUACAGUGUGCUGCAUGCCGAAAAACCAAGCAGAGCGAACAGAAACCAGGACAGGAACAAUGCAUCUCCUUCCGACGGUGCAGGGUGCUGGAACACCUACGCAGAGUUCCCAAACCGGAGGGCGCAUGGCGGCUUCACUAAUGAGAGCUCCUUUAACAGAAGGGGUGGUUGUCACCACGGGUAUUAGAGGUCUCUCUUACAGGCAUUCAAAAUUUUCCUAAAUCAGUUUUUACUUCAGUUUUUGGUAUUUAUUCUUCGUUCAGUUGUAGUCAGAGCUCUAAUUCCAGUGUAAAUAGUCAAACCUGAAAGUUUUUGAGCAGAAGUCAUUACAUUCCUCUUCAGCAAGCAUUUGUUAAAGUGAUCCUAUAUGCAUGGUCUGAUGCUGAGAAUUCUGCCGAUUUGAUUAAACAAAGUCCCUUUCUCUAGAGAAAGAAUUACUUUAAAACUGAAACCUGAGAACAUACUCAAGAACAUAAUCAGCCACAUAGGCUCAUUAAUGAACUAAAGUGUUUAUAAUAUAAAGCUUCAGAACCACUUUCUCUGAAGCAAUCUAUUUUUUCAGGAAAUUCAUCUCCAUCAGGAAAGUUGGAAAGGUUGGGGAGAAGUAGGAGGCAGGAAAAAUUUUAGUGCCAUUGCUACUUUGAUCAUCCAUGUAUCCAAAAAUGUGAGAUAUGUGGCUAAAAUGAUGAUAUGGAUUUUCCUUUAAAAUGAAUAUGCCAGAAAGUACACACCUAAGGGAAUAUUGUCCUUCAAAGCAGACACCUUGGGAAAUUAUUCCUUUAUUUUAGCAAUGUAUCAUUGUUAGAAGUGUCUGUUAAAAUCUUUCUUAAUAGCUAUACAAGCUACUUAGGAAAAUCAGUAUCAUCAUUUAAAGUCAUAUCUUGUGUUUUAACUACCACUUUAUUGAACAGGGUUAAACCUGAAUAACUUUUGGCUGUUGAGCUAAUAGUGUAAAUAAAAUAAGCCUGCCUUUAUAAAACACUAAUUUUUAAGAGGAAUAAUUAAGCAGUUUUUAAAAUUAUGCCUAUAAACAUGUGUCUAAUCAGUUGGCAGCUCCAAAGUUUUGGGAGUACAAGGAAUGAAGCAUCCCAGGCUGUAGAUUAUAUUGAGUUAUGGGAAAGUCAUGCUCGCCUUAAGAGCAAUCUCAGUGUUUUAUGUGGUAUUAAGAUGAAGUUCUACCACUACUCUUAUACUAAUAGUGAAUUUAUGAAUCCAAAUUAAAUCUUAAAAGGUUGGAAUCAGAUUAAUUUGGUGUGAGACCACAGAUAAGACCAUGUAGGAUGUAUGCUUUAUUUCUUGAUGGCCAACAGCUUCUUUCUAAUGUUUUGUGAAGUAUUAUUUUAAGUGUUCUAUAUAAUGGUGCUUUUAUGGUUAUUAAAAAUUAUAUAUGGUAUUGCUUUA